GAGAGCGAGAAGCGCGUUAAAACAUUCAACCAAAUUCAACAUUUACGUGCAUUUUUCAUUAGCUUUAACCUCAGCCACUGUGUGUGGUUGUGCCAAAAGGUCCUAGAAUGUAGGAAAAGGAAAAUGUACCCUAAGGGUUGGUGUCCUGGUGAGGUAGUGUUACAGACUGUCACAGCGCUCAUACUUUGGUGUCAGUCUGUUGGAGUCCCUGGGGGGGCUGAGGCCGUGGUAGCCUACAGCACCCAGCACGAUAAUGCCGAAAUCCAAGAUUCCCGAGCUGGAAAGAAACUCAUACUCUUCCCGGAGUUGUGGAAGGAGAUAUUUCUGUGGGGAUUCUUCUCUAUGCUGUUCAUUCAUAUUGUGGCCAGUAUCAUUGCAUUUUUGAUGCUUAGGAAACAUAAAUAUGGAAGGUUUUCAGCAGCUUGUAUAUUGCUAAUUGGUAUGUGCACCACUUUUGCAAUGUGUGCAGCUACAAGUGCAGCUCUGGGAUUUGUUCUCUAUCAAGCCAAGAUUAGUCUGCAGCCCAUUGAAGCCAUGAUAUGUGGGAUAACGCAGACUGCUUUGUUUAUAUUCUUUGCCUUUUCUCGGUUCAUGCCAACUCUCUAGUCAUGUUUGCACAGACAAAAAGCAUCAGCUCAGUGUCUGUGCUGUGUAAAUAUAUAUGCAUGUGUAUAAAGUUGUUUUGAAGAUGCUGCUGCAGUCCAGUGCAUUGUCCAGCAGAUAAUUCCCAGUCACUCCCUCGCUCCUCGAAGGUUUCAAACCAGCACCAGGAACUUGCCAUAAGAUGCUCUAGGUCAGCCACCAGUCUCUCUGUAUGUGAAUAAAACAACUGGAAACCACUUGAUUAAA